AUGAUGCGACGCUUUUUGGGUGGCCUGGUCCAAAGUGCCAUCGAAAAUCAGGCUUUUCAAACCGCGACAGCGCCUGAUCGGAUAGAUAUUCGCUUCGACAAAAAGAACCCAUCAAAAAGUUUACAGAAUCUUCUUGAGAAUGCGGCUACGGAAGAUAUUUUGACCAUGUUCAAAGACACUCUGCUUCGUGCGACACCACAACCAUUCUUAGUUGUCUUUGAUGGAAUAGAAAAAUCUUAUCAAGGUGGCCGACUUCUCCAACUCGUCGGGAUACUCAUAAACAAACUACGGGAACAAAACUCAAAUAUCAAGGUACUGCUUGCAGGUCCGACACCAUGUGACAUCAAGGGCCUCUCACGAGAUAGCUUGUUUGUUGAAUAUGAUAAGGAGCGAAAAGAAUGCUUAUCUAGCCUCCGAUUCGAGAACACGCGUUAUGAAAAGAUUUCACCAGAACAUAGCGGCUCAUUCGAGUGGAUUUGGACACAUGAUGAGUAUAAGAGCUGGUCCAUUUCUGAAACUUCCCGACUUCUCUAUAUACAAGGCAAACCUGGUAGUGGCAAAAGCACUCUCAUGAAAUAUUUUGACUCCAAUCUCCAAACCUGGGAGCCAGCUGCAAAACAAGCAAUCGUGGCAAAGUUCUUUUACAGUCAUAGAGAGGGCGAGCUUCAACGAAGCCAUUAUAACAUGCUUCUCUCGCUUCUAUAUGAUAUUUUGCAUCAGGACGAGGCUUUCUUUUACCAUAAUUGUCAAACCGAGUUUCGCGCUCAUCAUCACGCUCAGUUUCACUCCGGCGAGAAAUGGGAUUAUGCAUCCUUAAAGAGAGUUCUGAGAUCAUUGCAAAACUACUCGACACCAAAGGCAAUCUACUUCAUCAUUGAUGCAGUUGAUGAGUCUGAGGAGGCAGACAGACGUGAUAUUCUGAAUCUGCUUUGCGAACUGUGUUCUAAGAUGAAAUAUUCUGUCAUCAAAAUUUUCAUUGCAAGUCGACCGGUGGCACAGUUAGAAGCCCGUCGAGACCCAUUUCUGAACUUCAUUAGGCUACAAGAUGAAACUGCAUCCGAUAUUUCCAACUACACCCACUCUUUACUUGAUGGUCAUGACCUUACUCCAGCGAUUGCAUAUAUGAUUGACAAUGCUCAAGGAGUUUUUCUUUGGGUCAAACUUGUUGGCGAGGAACUGCUAAGGUUCCACGAAGAUGGAUACUCUGAGCAAGAUAUACUUGACAUGCUUAAACAGCUUCCGACGGAGCUUGAGGAACUUUACGGACUCAUGUUGGAUAAAAUGAGAGGAAAUAAGUCAUGUCUAUCCUAUGGAUUGAGAAUGUUUCGAUUCAUUCUUUUUGCACAGCAACCUCUUACAGUGGAUGAACUACUCCAUUUUCUGGCCAUUCCAGACAACCUUGAGCCCGGUUGGAGAUUCAGUCUUUCUGAUGAGUCUUUUCAGAAACGCAUUCCAUCAUCUGAGAGAAUCAUCAUCUCUUGCGGUGGUAACUUUAUAGAAAUUAAACAACAGCAGGAUGGACGUAGGAUCGUCCAAGUUAUACAUCAAACUGCCUACGAGUUUCUCCUCAAUCCUUCCGGAAUUGUCGCGCAAUCAGAGUUUCGGAUUGAUAAAGAAUAUGCGCAUAUUUGCAUCGCCAUAACUUGCAUCCGAUAUCUAAUGGUUUGCGCAACCAGCACCUCUCUAUUAGCGAGACUGCCGAAUUCUAAACAUUGGAAUUCGGACCACUACGAGCACUAUGUCAAGUACCUCGAUAAAAGACCGCUAGCAUCAUAUACUGCCUGCUUCCUCAAACACCAUAUCGAUGGUUGUUCAGACCGUUGA